UAUAUAUUUAAUAUACUUACAUGCCUUAUGGUGUGUAUUUGCAAAGUGUGUACCAAGGAAAAUAUGUCAGGUAAUUUUACACACCUUUUGAGGUGUAUAGUGUACCAUUAAUUAAGUAAUACUAGAUUUAGUAGUAGCGGUAGUGCAAGUCUAAUCUGAACCUCUCUAUUAAUAUAUUAAAUAUGAAAGCAACAUUUUCAUACGUUUUCCACCAUGCCUUUACGACUUGGAUAUUUUGGGCAAUUGUGUCCUAAAGGUAACAUUGGUGCGACAAAUCUGAAAAUGUCUAGAGGGAUCCAGUGGAAUGCCCACGCAGUAAAAGUUUUAUUAAUGGCCACAAAGAGCAUGGUUGCAGCUAAUAUAAACAAGGGACGCGUGACUCGAAAGUGAAAGAAAGUCACAUAUUAUUUUCUAUUGAUGUCACAUGACAGGAAUUGAAAUAUUUACAUCCUACUUGACCACAUGAUGAAAAACGACAAAUCAGAAUCGAAGCAGGAAGGCAUUCAGCCAACAACAGGUAGCCGCCCCCACGCAGCAAUGCAAGUUUCAUAUUCCUUGAUGCAAACAAUGGCGUGUAUAAAGAAGACUACAGUUUGUGUUUUAUUUCUUGCUCUUUACGCCGUAUUUUCCCAAGUAGAAGCGAAUGAUUGCUUUUCUGAUCUUGGCUGUCGAGAUUAUUCUUAUAUCACCCGGUAUUGCUGUAAGAGAAAAUAUCUAAGCAAUGUAUGUCGUUCGAACGACUGCCUUGGUGAGUCUUGUACGAUCGAUACCGACUGCGCUCCCGGAGAAUGUUGCAAUUCUGAUGAUAAAUGUGCCACAGAUUGUUAUGUGAGUCUAGCUGGAUGGAUUGUUGCAGUAAUUGUUAUCAGUGUUAUCGUUGUUAUCGUCAUUCCUAUUGCAGUUGUCGUGUUUUGCUGUUGUUGUGCGGCAGCAGCCUCGACACGUCGUGCUCAUGGUGGUGUUGUAGUAACGCAACCUACAACCACAGGAACUACAGUCAUUGCAACCCAACAACAACAGCAACAAUUCGCUGCACAACAAGGACAACCAAUGUAUUUCCAAAAUCCUCAACCAUAUCCCAACCAACCCCCACCGUAUCAACCUCAAGGCACAGUGUAUCCACCAGGGGCAGGUGGUCAUCCAAUGGCAAUAACAGCACAAACCGAAGUAAAACAAUAUUAAAGAACUGAAACUGAUUCAGCAAGCGCAGACAUGUUCCUAAACUUUAAUAGAUAUAGAAGUAGACGUAGACUUUUACUCUUGUAUAUGAGUAAUAGUAGUUGCAUAGUAUGAUGUGUAAUUGAUUGGAUAUUUUGAUAAAUAUUUUUAGACCCACUUUCAU